UGACGUGUACGGUAGAAGACGUCCUCUUCACGCUACAGUGUACUGUUGUGUAUGAGGACGAAGGAUUCAGCUGAUUUUGCGGAUUAAUACUUUUAUUUUUUGCAUCACGCCAGCCAAACGGCUGCAGAAAAAUCAUUCUGUAUGCGGGAGAGGCGUAUGCGCCUUUUUGGAGUUUCAAAAGGUUCCCAUUCACCGUGGAUAUUUACUGUGGGACCAUUGGACUUACAAGGAAACAAAGUAGAGCAGCAGAUAGAGGUGACGGAAAGAUGGAAGUUGACGAGCAUGAGCAGCAGCAGAUAGAGGUGACGGAAAGAUGGAAGUUGAUGAGCAUGAGCAGAGUCGGAGCCAACGAGGACUGCCUUUGGUACGUGGACAAAAAUGGCACAUGGCACAACGGCUUCGACUGUCCACUCAUCACCUUCUGCUGCGGCAACUGUCAACGACGCUACUGCUGCCUGGACGCCUUCAAAAUGAUCACGGAGCGUGAGCAGAAGCGCUGCAUGCUCUUCCAGUUCAGUCCGACAACAUUAGCCGGCAUCGCCUCGUCCAUCCUGCUUUUCGUUGCCAUCAUCGCCACCAUGGUGUGCUGCUUCAUGUGUUCCUGUUGUUAUCUCUACCAGAGGAGGUUGCAGAGGGGCAGGACUCCUUACGACACCCAGCAAAUCCCGAUGGCAAGUUACCCAGUGGAACCGUUGUAUGAUGCCUAUGGGAAACCGCUAGGGCCGUCUGAGUAUCCAAAUGCGGGCUACCCAAUGGUGCCUCAGUACCCGGGCAUGCCCUCGCAGUAUCCCAUGAUGCAACCAGGGCAUUACCCGCCUCCACAUAUGGAUGCUGCUUAUAGCCAAGCUCCUCCUCCAUACUCUCCUCCGCAGUAUCCUGGUCACUGAUCAGCUAAACACACUCACGCACACACACAAAAACACUCAUCAAAUGUGGUAAAUAGCAGCAAUGGGAGAAAAAGGACUGUUAUACAAGAAGAAUGUUAAUGGUUAACAACAUUUCCACUUGUUUCCUCUAUUUUGCAAAUUAAUUUACCGUGUGCCAGUUUUGCACAAGUUGCGGUUUUAAAGACUUUUUGACAAAAGCUGCAGUGAAUAUGAAGAGAAAAUCACCUCGUGAACACUAUUUUAAAAUGGACUGUUGUGAGGUUUUUUGUUGAAGAAGUCGCAUGAAAAAAAGGGAAGGUGCAUCCAGAUAUUUGGCAGGCUAAAUGUUUGGAUAAGUCCUACGACUUUUGCGAUCAGGGUACAUAUGAUAUAUUUUUUUGUAUUAUAUACUCCCGUAUUGAAGUAGUGAUAAUAAGGCAGGGGACAACUCGCUCGCUCAUAUUUGUGACCGAUCCACGAAUAUGAUACGUGUUGUAUGUUUGAAUGUGAGCAAAACAUGCAGUUAAUAUCCAUGUUGGAUUCAAGAAUGAUAGUUAGGGCCUAUAAAGGAGUGUUGAAGUGCCACACUGAAAAGAAUAAUGUAUUUUUUUAUGAAAGCAAAGUCCUAUUAUUUUCGGAAAAAGGUUACCUGUUGAGAAAAUGUUUCGGAACGUUAUGAGAAUCACUCACAAUUCUAUGUAAAUUAGUCGUUGUCUUCAAUGAUGCAGUACAGUAUUACAACAACGAGGUUUCCCCCAGAAAGCUUGCACGGGUGGUAAAUAAAAUGUAAUAAAACUGUCAAUACAGUUUUAACAAACAAAAAUCCUGCUAACUCCUUCAGUGCUAUGGACAAUGAUAUAUGUCCAAUCAUUAGCACUGUCGGUGGCAACUAGGAGUGGGAACCUCUUGGUACCUCACAAUACGAUACAAUUUGCGAUACAAAGCUCACGAUAAUGAUGAUCUGACGAUUUGGCGAUAGAACGAAUAUUGAUACAUUGGUCAGGAAAUCAUUCUAGGAUAUGACUAAUAAACAAAAAAACAAGCUUCUGCUGUAAAUUGGAAUGAGUUUAUCUCUAGUAGACGUCCAAUCCAUUUGAAGUGGGAGGGUGGCAGCGAAUGAACAUUCGUUCAUUCGCUGCCAUCCCUCCCACUUCAAAUGGAUUGAACGUCUAUGGCCGGUAGUGGCAGCCACUGCCAGGCAAUGAGGUAAUUUUGGGCCAUUUAAGGUCAUUUACCUGUUGAUUUUCAGUUACUUCCUGUUGAUUUUGGGGUAUUUUAUGGGUUUCUUCCUGUUUAUUUUGAAUUACAGAACAAGAAGUGACCUGGGAAUUACCCAAAUUAGUAGACACUUGCCACGAUUACAUGGAGCCAAAUAUUCCAAUUACAAUCGGAAUAUUUGUUCAAACCGAAUAAAUGUGUUCCAUAUAAACACCUCAUUCGGAAUGAACAGGCCCAAACCGAAUGGAAUUUCAUUCCGAUUCACAGGGGUGGAAUAUUCCUUUUCCCAAACCGAUUAGAAGUAAAAUUAUAUCAUGUAAACAGGGAAGAGGAAUGGUGUCUGGUUGCGUUCUUUCUGCACAUGCUCCGUACUGACGUGGUGACGUCACUUGGUGACGUAAGUAACAUGCAACAUGGCUUCCAAGCACACGCACAGCGCACCCACACAACUUUUUAAAUGAACGGCGUGUCAUUCUGAAGUUUUGUUGCCACUCGAAAAGUUAGAACAGCAGCUGAUCUGACGAUCGAUCUCCAUGUUUUGCAACGUGACGCUUUGUUUUGAUUAAUCUGCGCAUGUCAGACGGCAGUUGUCAAACGUCCUUUCGGAAUAAAGGCAGACACAUGUAAACGCUGGAUCGGAAUAGACGAAGUGACAUGUAAACAGCUGAUGUGAAAUUUCCAUUCGGAAUGAUUUGAAUCGGUAUAAAUAAAAGUCAGCAUGUAAACGUGGCUAGUGACUCAAACUCAACAGAAAAUCACCUGUAAAUUCCCUAAAAUGAACAGCAAGUGGCCUGUAAAUGCCCUGAAAAUCGGACAGAAUGACUAUGAAUGAGCUAUUCGAAUGAACGAACAUUCCCAGUCUAAAAGGAUUGGGCGUCUAGCACCGUCAAUGCAGUGUUAAGAGUUAACUAAGAUAGACUAUAAUGGUGGAAGAUUUUGAUAGCAAAUUGUUGGUUCAUUUUUAUUUAUUUUUUUAGACAUUGACACCUUUUUAAAACGUUAUCUCGAUUCUUGGCAGGAGCAUAUCGAUAACCUUUUGGGAUAAAACGUAUCACGAUAUAUCACCAUUUCGAUAUUUUGUCACACCCCAAGUGGCAACCAAUGAGUUGAAUUAUCAUGCCCCGAUAAAGUAAUGGAAACCCGGUCCCGAUCACAUCAUUUUAAGAGGAUGGGAAUCGAGUAAAAAAGAUCGGGUUUUCAAGAUGUACAGUACAGGCCAAAAGUUUGGACACACCUCAUUCAAUGCAACACAAAUGAAGGUCCCAACAAUAAAGCAAUCAGUUCCACUAAUUCACCCUGAAAAGGCAUACCUGUGAAGUCAAAAACCAUUUUAGGUGACUCCCUCUUGAAACUCAAAGAAUGGCAAGAGUGUGCAAAAAAGUAAUCAGAGCAAACGGUGGCUACUUUGAAGAUACUAGGAUAUGACGCAUGGUUUUAGUUAUUUCACCUUUUUUUGCUAAGUACAUAAAUCCACAUGUGUUCAUUCAUAGUUUUAUUACCUGCAGUGAUAAUUUACAAUGUAAAUAGUCAUGCAAAUAAAGAAAACACAUAAAUGAAAGGGUGUGUCUAAACAUUUGGCCUGUACUAAGGGCUACAAAGCAACAAAAUAAUUUCGAUCUACAAGGGAAAAAAAGUGUUUUGGUGUUCGCAAUAUCAAAGAACAGUCAGAAACUAAUAGCAAAGUAUACACUGCCGGUAGGAGAACUUUAUGCUUACUGUCACGAGAAGCUAAUAAUAAGACAGCAUCAUGCGAGAGUGAUAAUGUCUACAAUAUGGAAAUAUUUAACAUUUGGAUGUGCUUUUUUCUUCCUAAUACUUCGCUGAGCUAUCAGAUCGGUAUUCUGUAUCCGCAGAUCUUAAAAAUCGGGUGACUCAGAGUCGAACUCGGGUACAAAAUUAUGUGAGCGGUACAACCCUACUUAAAAGCUAUAUAUAUAAUGUUUUCAAUUAGCUUAAAUUGUAGUGGAUCAUAGAAAAAUCCAUUGCUGGUCACUUUUAACAGUAAUAUAAAUGUACUUAAAGUGCAAACAUGGCCAAAGGGUCAAAAUGGGUAACUCAGAGGUUGAAGAACCAUCUGCGGUUCGAUCAGUGCAGGUAAUCUAACCACGUUAAACAGACAUGAAACAAAUGUUUACCUACUUAAACUUCAGACAGUAAUUUUCAGUGUAAUGGCAGAGAGCUUAGAUGGGUUUAUUCACAUAUUGAUCCAUAAGAUCACCGUUAUGCUGUCAUCGGGAUCUCCAGACUAAAAUCUGUAUAAGUUUUAUACUUUUCUUUUGGGGUGCCAAGAAAACCCUGACGGCCCGUCAUGCUUAAUUAUCUCUGGGGGAAACCCUGUCCACUACUGUAAACUCAUGAAAAAAAAUAAUUUAACACAAAUUCCUCCAAUGUGGGGAAAAAGUUCCCAUCAGACUUGAAAUAGUCACAAUAUGUCCUUAUUGUGAGAAGAGUUAGACUUUUUUGAGUUAAAAUUAUGAAAAAUAUUUUUGGGGGAAGAAAAAAAAAGUAAUGAAUCAUACAGUAACUAGAAAUGGUCAUUCUCACAAGAAUAAACUUGGAAUAUUAUAAGUUAAAUUCAUGAUUUUCAAAAAUCUAAGGUCGAAAUGUCUAUGUGUAGUUGUCACUAUUGCAAAUGAAAAAUAAUUGCACAAUGAACCGGGUGACAAGAAGGUUGCAAUAUUUCAAGUGAAUUUCAUGGUUAUAGAAAAGUGCGUCAUUAGCUGCGUUUCCAUUGCCUCUUGUAUUUCGCAAAACAAAUUUCGCAAUGAAAAACUGAUCCUGUCUGAAUUUUGAAGAAGAAAAAAAAAAAAAAGAUUCGAAGAAUGCUAAAAAGUUAGCUUUUUACAUUUUCAUAAGUGCUUUUUCUGACAGUUUGAUAUUUCAUACACAUUUUUUCUUAAAUGUUUUUAUUAUAUCCAUAGAGAACAGUAGUCUAGAACUUGCGGCCCACGGGACAAUGUUUUUCAAAUAGCGGCCCUAUUUGACAUCCAAUAGUAGUAUUAGUGGUGCUCGCAUAUAUUUUGCAAUGACAAUAUAAAGAAAUAUAGAAAUAAUUUGACAGAAAAUGAAUUGAUUGAAGGAUUCAUUUAGGAAAAAAACAUUUAAAUAAAUAAAGAAUUAAAAGAAACUCAAGGCUAUGUGUAAUAAAAAAUAUAAAUUCUAAACAUACAGUUUAGAUAUCAAAUUGAAAAACGGAAUGAAGACAUAAAUUAAAACACGUGCGACCCAUGUGUAUUUUGCUCUGGGAAUUUUAUUGAUUUUGUUGUAUUUUAUUUUAUAAAUCUCUUGUGAACUAGCAUAGCUUAACUAUUCGGCUGCCGUUGACCAAAAUAGAUGUCCAAACCAUUUUAAGUGGAAGCGGGUGGAAGCGAUCAUUUGAUUGCUUCUCCCAAUUGAAAUGGAGUGGACGUCUAUUGACGUCAACAGGGUUUUUUCAUAUUAUUUUCCCUCUUUUACUAACAUGCUUAAAGGGGAAGUUCAGAAUUUUUGACAUCAGGCUUAAUCUUCGAGUUAGCGAGGGUUUAAUUAGUCGGUGAAGUUGAUUCCAACAAAUUCCAUGUAGUUUGUUAGUUAUUUGUUAUUUUCAGGGCUCCAGAGUGGCUAAGCUAGCGCGAGUCAAUUAAGCUGACUUAGCAUGCCAAUAAAAAACAACAUAUGCACACAUGAAACUCAUCGAUGACCCAUGCAAUCAAUAGUGUUGGCUAUGUUUUCAGGAUAAAGUUAUUAAAAUUUAACAUUGCAUGUCAAUAUUUGCAAUAUGAAGAUCAACAUGUGUAAUCCAGGAGCAUGGCGGAGUGAUAGGACCUCGUUUUUUUUUUCACCGCUGAUUUUUAUGUAGUAGCCAGCAGUAAGUAACCGGUUUAUAUUGUUCCUCGUUCUUCAUAGGGAAUUUGUGGAAACUUUGUGGAAACUUUCCCUUGCCCAUUUCUUCUGUUUCCACAGCCUCUAAAUGCACAUUUUUCCAUGUCAUUAGCCGUCAGUUAACUCAACAGACUGAUGCUGCAUUCGAGAAAGGUGGGAAAUCAGAGUUUCCAACCUCCGAUCUUGAAAAAUAUCAUUGGAACGCCUCCACUAUUUGAUCACCUCCGAAAAGUCAGGUUUACUGGAGGUGAAAAUGUCUUUUGAUGGCCAAAAUAAAAAACAACUUGUCGCGAUCAGCCAUCUUUGCUGUUUACGUUGGCUUGUAAUGUUUUGAGGUCACAACUUGUAUCAUCCGAGCGGGAGAUGUCCGACUUCCAACCUUCCUCGAAUGCAGCGUGAGCACGAGUGGCCGAAGCACUCCUCUCUUGUGGUCUAAAUAAAAUAGUCCUGCAGAAUGAAAUUAAUUACGGCAGUUUUUUUAUGACCUUGUUUUAGCCGCAUGGGUGUUUUGGAACAAUGAUCUGCAAUUACAAUUUUACUAUGUUGGAUCUAUUCGUAGAUCUGUAUUGUUUAUUUAUUAGCAUGCUAAGUUGGUCCCAUUGACUCGCGCUAGCUAAGCCACUCCGGAGCCCUGAAAGUAUCAAAUAACUUACAAACUGCACAGAAUUUGUUGAAAUCAACUCCACCAACUAAUUAGAAACCCCUGCUAACUCAAAUAUUAAGCCUAAUGUCAACAAUUCUGAACUUCCGCUUUAAAUUGCAAUUAUACUUUACCAAAAUUUUUGAAACACCGCUUUUGUCUUGUGAAAAACUAAUGGAAACGCAGCUAUUCUUCAACUAAGAAAGUGAUGUGAACAGUCAUCAUUUUACUCUGAAAAAAAAUUAUGAGAAAAAAAUAAUUGAUAAAGUCAAUAUUCCUUAAAGCUAAAAUUUUAGCAAAAUGUCAUAAUGCAAGAAUAGAUUAUUAAGUCCAAAUUGUCAUUUUCCAGAACCAAAGUAAGAAAAAUUGAUGUCGUGACCUAUGUACUGCUGUUUUCUUCCCAGUGUGGCGCCGCAAUUAUCGGUACAUUUACCAUCAUUGCUGCUUCAUGAAGUUUGUGCUACUUUGAAUUCUCUCGAUAGUUGAAUAACCGCACUUUGAACCGUCUGACCAGCAUCGGCAUGCUCCCUACUUCCUUUCUUUUCUCCAAGUAGAGCUACUUUUGCAUUGAUGUCAUACCAAGUAAGAUGUGUUCGCGUGACUUGAGUAUUUAUUGUAAUUCUAAUUAGUUCUGCUGUAACAUAUCAGGUCAGAGGGAGUUGAUGCACGGCUACGCUGCUUUGAGGUUUUGAACUGGAAGCACAAAUAUCACGCCUCGUCUUUGCUGUGAUGCUGGAUUUACACUGCGGGUGAAGUUCAAGCACUUCAACGGAGUCCGCUAUUCUGAUAUUGCUAUUUGGAUUUGAUUGACUGUGAUCUGUAAUCACACCGUAGCAGGUAAAUAACAUUUUUAGGUGUUAAAAGUAUGACUGAUGACUGAGUGGAAAAUGCACAGAUUCUGUAUAGGCGAAUUUAUUUGUUACUGCAAUGACACUGAAACAUGAUCAAAAUGGAUUGGACGUCACCAUCAGUGUAAAUCCAGUUUAAUAGAUUAACCCUUCAAAUCCAUAAUUUUUAUUAUUGCUUUGUUGUGUUUCAACAAGAUAUUUUUGAAAUUUACCAACACAAGCUUUCCUGUGUACUAGAAUGUCUUUUUUUGUUCAUAUUUUAGCUGUUGAGAACAAACUGGAUUAUGUCCACAGUUACUGAGCCAUUGACAAGCAAACUAAACACCAGAAAUGAUUGAACGCUUUCACCUGAACUCUACUUAGUUAUUCAGUCUUUUUGUUUUUUACCUCUGACCACGUGUGUCUCGUUGAAGUUACUGUGAAUUGGAAAACAACUAAAUAUGAAUGGUAUGACAUUGUAAAAUAUAACAUGAGUGAAGAGUUUUUAUUUCUAAUGGCAUAAAAUAUAACUUUGGAAUUGA